AUGGAGAUCUUAACCCGCUUGCGCGAAAUGGCCGACGACUCUGCUGCCCGCAAGCGAUGGAUCCUCGGCAAGGAAAAUGCCGAGUGGACCAUCCAAGCGAUAGACAAGAUCAUGCUGCAACAUGGUAUCGAGAACGUGAAGGCUCAGUUCCUGUGGGUUUACAACGAGGCGAUGCGCGCCAGGGAUAGCGGGGAUGACCUGAAGCGUGUCGGGUCGCUCAGCCUCUGCUUUUUUGAAGCCGACCCUGACCUUGGCGAGAUGUUGAUCAAGAUGUACAUUGAUCUCCUGCAGACAUUGGGGCUUGUUUCGCGCGAUGCGGUCGUCUAUAGUGACGAACACAACCCAAUACGCACCAUUUGGUCCACUAUCCCCGAAACGUCCUCACGCACGAUCAUCAACAUCAAGUACCCAUAUACCGAUGACGAGUACGACUCCUUGAGGACCCAACUGGCGGAGCUGUACCGCACUUCCACAUUGGAAUAUCCUCCCGUUGUUGUUUCCCACGUGCCACUGCCGAAGACCGACAUCACCGCCAAACGCUACCUCGUCUGCAAGGGUGAGCGCGCCCAGCACGGCUACGGUAUUACGCUCCGGCACACCGAGGACGACUUGCGCCACAUAUUUACCGAGAAGGUCAACGAGGACCGUGGGGAAAAGGAGAUCGAAGGGGGCUGGGAAGGGGCCGCGAUGAAACGGUGUCUUCAACGGGCCGAAAGCGGUGGUCAUUUCAAGACAUACGCCGGCAUGAAGGGAGUGUUGGAAGAGCUCAGAGACCGACAUUCCAAGAGAGUGGAGUUUGAGAGAAAGGGGCUGGCGCCCAAAUCGCCAGACGAUAUCCACUUCACCAAAUCCGACAUAUUGGGUCUCAGCGCCCAAGAGAUCGGGUAUGGAAGCCCGACAUGGCAAGAGCUUCAGAAAAUGGUCGGCAUGGAGUCUGUCAAGCAGUCCGUCCGUGAGAUGCUCGGCGAGGUUGCCCUCAACCGUCGGCUUGCACUCGAAAACAAACCGGUCCCAGAGGGUUGGUCGACCCGGCGGUGCUUCAUCGGCCCACCCGGCACCGGCAAAACGACAGUCGCCAGGAUGUACUCCAAGAUCCUCUCGGAGCUGGGCCUGCUGGAGAAUGAAACCAUCGUUGAGAAACGGGCAUCAGAUCUCAUCGGAAAGUAUAUUGGGGAUUCCGAGUACAAUACGAUCAACGCCUUCAACCAAGCCCGCGGCGGAGUCCUCAUGAUUGACGACUUCCAUAUCCUUUUCCCGAAUUCCAUGCACGACACCCACGGCUCUGACGUCUUCCGUGCCGCCAUCAUCGAUACGGUCGUCGCCCAAGUCGACCCCAAUAGCACUCGCAAAGAAGCCAUCAUCCUCAUCGGCUACCCCGAAGCCAUGAACGACGCCUUCGAAACCGGCAACCCGGGUCUCGCCCGGCGCUUCCCCAUGACCCAAGCCUUCCGCUUCGAGCCUUACACCCACCCAGAACUCACCGCCAUCCUCGAACACAAACUGACCAAACACUCUCUCACCACCACACCCACCGCGCUCCGCGUUGCCGAGGACAUGCUCGACCUGGCCCAGCACCGCCCCAACUUCGGCAACGGCGGCUCCGUAGAUAAUCUUCUGCAACAAGCCCAACUCGCCCGCAACGCCCGCUGCGCCGCCUGCCCCAUCGACGCCGACCUUGAUCUCGCCUUGCUCCCAGAAGACUUUGAUCCGGACUGGGAGCGCGCCGCGGACGCCUCGCGCCGGUGUGCGGGUCUGUUCAACAGCAUGAAGGGUAUGGGCGAUGUGGUGGGCCAGUUUCAGCGGUACCAGGCCGUGACGGCACGGAUGCGCGCCCGUGGCCUCGACCCGCACCCGUAUGUGCCUUGGGCACUCGUGUUUCGCGGACCGCCGGGGACAGGCAAAACAACGGUCGCGCGAAAGAUGGCGCAGGUGUACUACGACAUGGGAUUCCUGUCGGCGCCGGAGAUUGUGGAGUGUUCGGUGGGCGACGUGCUGCCAACGUACUCAGCCGGGUCAUCUACUCGGGUGGUAAAGAUGUUUGAGCGCGGUUUGGGCAAAGUGCUCUUCAUCGACGAGGCAUACCGGUUGGCUGAGGGCCGGGCGACGGAUGCAAUCGGGGAGAUUGUAGAUUGCAUGACCAAGGAACGGUACUGCGGGAAGCUCGUGAUCGUCUUGGCCGGGUACCGGGACGAGAUGGAUGACUUGAUGCAAGAGAAUCGCGGGCUGCGCAGCCGGUUUGCGACGAAUGUCGAUUUCCGACCCAUGAAGUCCGCUGAUGCGAUAGAGUUGAUGCGCAAGCACCUCGCUGAAGUCCAAAUCGUACUGGACAGCGCGGUCGUGCCGGUCAAGGGGGCCCGGGCUAUGAAGAGGGACGCUGUGCUGGGGUUGCUUGACGAGUUGGCCAAGUCGAGGUCGUGGGCUAACGGGCGGGAUGUCAUUGCCUUAGCCCGGUCCAUUAGUGAGGAGGUGUACGUGUCUGGUAAGGGGUUGCCUGACCCGAAAGAUGGGGAGGAACUGGGGCAGGGGACAAAGGAGCAGGCUAGGAUUGUGUUCAAGACGGACGAUUUGCUUGCGCUGUUGCGUCGGAAGGUGAAGGAGUUGAAGGAUAGAAGCUAA